AUGAAAAGAAAACUUUAUGUUAAUCCCAAGAGAUUAGAAAAAAAUUUAAAUUCACCUAAUAAAAAAUCUUAUAAUAAAAAAUCAUCAAUAGAUAAUGAAAUUGAAUUAAAAAAUAAAGAUUGGGUUCAAUUGACUGGUUUACAACAACAUAUUUUAGAUUGGUUAUAUAAAAAAAUAGAACCCCAAAUAAAAGAUCAAACUAAAAGAUUAUCACCAAAAUCAAGAAUUCAUUUAUUUUUAACAUUUUUAAAGAUGGGUGCUAAUUCAUAUACAAUACUUUCAACAAUUUUUGGUGUUAGUCAAUCAUAUGUUUCAAGAGAAGUCAAUGAAUUGGUUUACAUAUUUAUGUCUUCACUUUACAUUAUUUCUUUAGAUCAAAUUAAUAAAGACGAAAUAUAUUGUAUUGAUUGUACAUCACAUAAAAGAGACAGAGUUCACCCCCAUCAGGCAGAUUAUUUUAGAUUGGAUGUUGGAGAACCAAGUUUAUCAUCAGAAGUUUUAGUUGAUAGGGAAAUGAAUAUAUAUUAUGUUUCAAUAGCAAAAGGAAAUAUUCAUGAUAGUACAUUUGCUUUUUUAUCUCAAAUAGAUCAAUUUGCAAUUGAAAAUGAUUUAAAUAUUCUAGCUGAUUCUGGUAAAUUAUUAAAUUAA